AUGAACGCAUACAUAGUUCGCAUGCAACACGGAUUUGAUUUCUAUGUUGCUUUUAACCACUCUCUAACUGCGAGUGAUGUUAAGGAAGAAAUCUUUCAACAAACUCAGGUUUUAUCAACAAAGAUGGUAUUAAUCUAUAAUGGUAGUAUUGUAGAAGACAAUAUCUAUCUUUCUGAUAUUGGAUGCAAGAAUGGCUCAAUUCUACAUCUUUAUAUUUCAAAAAAUCAAGAUCUCAUUAUUCGUACCCCGCGAAAACUUAUAACAGAAAUAUUUUCAAUAUUUAUGAAUAUACAUUCAAUGCCUCCUGAAAUGAUCACAGAUGCAAUAGAUACUAUUAGAAAUUCAAUGGAUUCUCCUAUGAUUGCACCACUUCUCAAACUUAUCCCAGAACUUCAAACCAUGUUUUCGCAAAUAGAUCAGUACCUUAACAAUAUUGAACUCCCUAUGAAUCCAUCUCUUGUACGCACAAUUGCAAAAAUUCAAGAUGAUACUUUUUUAAAUUCAGAUUUUGAUGAUUCAUACACACUUCAUUCUACUGAAUCAGAAACCAUAUCUAUUAGCGAUUUCCUAACAGAUGAUUCACUGCAAUACGAAGACUUUGGAAGUGAUUGCGAGUGCAUUUCAGAAGAAUUUCGUAUUACAUAUACAAACUAUACUCCAAAAAUAAGUACUGACCCUCUUCCAGUACCUUAUAUUUCAGAUAACAAUUUUUCUAUUUAUUGUUCUAAAUAA